UCCAUGUGCUCCCCCAUCCUCCUCCUCUCCCUCCCCCCCACUGUCAGAGACCUGGAAGUCCCACCUCUGUUUCGGAGACGCUUCAUCCUGGGAGGGUACCGCUCUGUGGGGCAGCCAUGGCAGCAUUACAUGCUCAGCCUCUUCCAGAUGCAUAAUGAAACCCUGAACGUGUGGAGCCCCCUUCUGGCUGCUGUGGUAGUGGCACUGAGGUUCAUGAUGUUCACCUUGCUGGGAGGAGGGGGGGUUUUGGGUUUUCGCCUGCAAGGUCCAGAAGGUCAGGGACUUUCAAUAGAUGUCUCCUCAAUGCCUCUGGUCCUCUACAUGUUCUCUGCCCUCACAUACCUGAGCAGCAGUGCUGCUGCUCACCUGUUGCAGCCCCACUCGGAGCACGCUCAUUACUCGCUCUUCUUCCUCAACAAUGUGGGCGGAGCUAUCUACCUGUACUGCUGUGCUUUGGCACUAUACCUGUACUGUGCGGACCCUGCCUGGACACAAAGCAUGCUGGGAAAGAUCUUCCUCCCGGCUGCAGCGUUUCUUUCGUGGACCUCAUGCUCUGUUUCCUGUUACGUUAAAGUCCAUUCUCGCUGGAUGUACACGUUCCACAGGAAGCUCUACAGCCUGACAGUAAUAACUGUUAUCAGCCCUAUCGCCCACCUCCUCGCCAUCUGCAGCUGGACAAGCACCCAAGUAAUGCCGCUGCAUCUCCUCCAGGUGGUGCUGUCCCUGCUGUCAGCCUACUUCUUCUCCUGCUCUUCACCUGAGUGUUUUUCCCCUGGUAGCUUUGAUGUCCUCGGUCACAGCUGUCAGCUCUUUCAUGUCCUGCUGUCGCUCUGCAUGGUGGUCCAGCAGGAGGCGCUGUUCCGCGACUUCCUGUGGAGUCGCCCAGCACUGCCCAGACUCUUCGGGGAGGAGCACCUCCUGCUGGCCUGUGCCUCCAUCCUCUGGGUGACCUUCAGCUGUAGCUUGACAGCGCUCGCACUGAGGAGGCGGGUUCAGACUCGGCUCACCACAGAAGAAGCGUAAUGUACAGGGGUUGGACAAUGAAACUGAAACACCUGG